CAGCGGCCGGUCCGCUGGCAGCGCCAUGGAAACCAAGGCAGGUGCCAUGCCGCCCCCUCCUCCGCCACCGCAGUACCAGCAGCAGCUGCUGGGCGCUGCGGUGGCUGCUGGGGCGGAUUCGGGGCCGGGAGCGGUGGUGCGGGUGGUGCCACGUCACAGCAGCAGCGGCAGCGCCUCCUUGUUCCCCGCCUCGCCUAGCGGCAGCAGCAAGGCGGAAUCCGGCGGGGCUGGCGCCCCAGCGGAGGGCGGGAAGCCGUCCAAGGGCAAGGCCGCGAAGAAGGGGCUGCUGCAGAAGCAGCGCUCGCUGCCUCAGCUGCCGCGACGGAUAGAGGAGCAGCUGCAGCUGCACCAGGAGCGGCUGCAGCAGCGACAGCAGGAGCUGCAGCAGCAGCUGCGGGAGGAGCUGCAGAAGCGAGGACCGCUGUGGGCUGAGCCCAUGCUGCCGCCGCACCUGGCGACCUCGGUGCCCGGGCAGCGACCGUGGGCCCUCUCGCAGCAGCUGGCGGCGGCAGCGCCACCACCGCCACUGCCGCCACAGCAGCAGCAGCAGCCAGAGGCUCAGCUGCCGCCUCCGCUGCAGCAACAGCAGCAGCAACCGCAGCAGGAGCAGGAGUCACCAGCAAAGCAGCCCCCUCGGGAGCCGCCGCCGCAGCAGCAGCUGCCAUUCCUGCCGCCAACGCGACAGCAGCAGCCGCAGCCACAGCAGCCGGCAGCACAUGAGCUGAUGCCACCGCCAGAGCGGCUGCAUGCGCCGCAGCUACAGCAGCCACAGCAGCCGCAACCGCAGACGCUGCUACAGCAGCACCAGAACCAGCAGAAACAGCCCACCCUGCUACAGCAGCUGAAGACAGCAGAACCAUCCCAACACAAGCAGCCACCGCUGCUGCCACAGCCAUUGCUACAGCAGUUCAUUCCCCCGCAGCAACAACCUCGUCAACAACUCCAGCACCAUCAGCAGCAACUACACGGCCCAAUCAAAAGGCCGCCACCGCUGGAGCAGCAGCAGCAGCAGUCGCAGAUCGCCUCGCUGCCAUCCCUACCGCAGCACCACCAUCACCAGCCGCCGCCGCAGCAGCAGCAACCACCUUCGGCACCCCAACAGCCUGUACUGCAACCACCUUCGCCACAACAGCAGCCGGGUCCAUUGCAACAGCCCUCGCCCUCGCAGCCACAGCAGCACCAGCCGCCCUCCUCUCCCCAACAACAGCCACAGCAGCAGCAACUGCGCGCCUCCCCAGCCAGGCAGGGAGCUCGCGGCUCGGUACGGCUGCUACCUCGCUCUGGUAGCACGGGCAGUGCGCUGCAGGCGGGCACCCUAACCGGGGCACAGGGGGGCGCGGGCGAUGGAGCACCGGCGGGUGCGCUUGGUGGUGCUGAGCCGGGUGUCCUGAUGACUGGUGGAGAGGGUGGGGCGCAGGCAGGCAUCCUGUCCGCAGGGGACAUGGGUGCAGCUGGGGCGAUGGAGCGUCGCGAGCAGCUGCUACCCCUUGCUGCCAAUGGUGCUGCUGCUGCUGCGGCGGCGGCGGCAGUGCCUGCGACAGCGGCUGCUGCUUCCGCUGGGAUGAACCGGAGUGAGGAGGUCCAUGAUGGGCACAUACACGGCACUGUGCUCGCGAUGACGACGACGACGACAGCGUCUGUUUCGGCGGCAGUUGCGGAUGCGUUGGUGGGAAGGCCCCCAGCAUCACCACCUAAGCCACGUCAACAGCCGCCGCAGCAGCAGCCAGCAACGCUGCCUUCACCACCGCCGCGAUCGCCUUCACCGUCACCACCCUCACCGCCGCAGCAGCAACAACAGCAAGCCCAGCCCCUGCCCCAGCCUCAACCCCAGCAGCUCCGACCCCAGCAGCCGCCGCCUCAGCAGCGGCAGCCCGUGGCGGAGGCGACAGACUAUCGUGUCCUGCAGGCGCCGCCCCCUCCGCCGCAAACAGCGCCGUCCGCCGGCGUCUCGGCCGGUGGCUACAUCACCACCACUGCGAUGCACGCAGCAGCCGGCAGCGCUGCAGCAGCAGGCGUCACCACACCAUGUGGCGGCCCCCAGCUCGGGGCCGGCGGCGGCCGGAACCCCCUCCUCCAGGGGCCUGCUGAAGCCGUGCGCCGAGUGGAGGGGCACCCCGCCUCGGGCACUCCCCGGGCGACAGCAGGUGAGGGCGGACUGCAGGGGGCGGAGGCGGCGGCAGCAGCAGAGGCACUGCGGGCUGCAGCCCUGCUGGAGCCAAACCCCUUCCUGAGCUGGAUGGCGGGCGGCAACUUCGCCGGAGGGGGCGGUGCGGUCCUGGCGCACAACACGGAUGCCCCGUCACCGCUGCUGCUGCAUGCGGGCCGUGCGGUAGCUGCGGCAGUGACGGAGGAGCAGGUGAGGGCGGCAGGGUCGAGCGAGCGCCGGCUGGACAACGCUGCUGAGGUGGGGUCGCAAGGGGCAGCCGCGAGAGCUGCUCCCCUUCCUCCUGCUGCUGCUGCUGCUGCUGCUGCAGCGGUUGCGGCUGUCCAGCUGCCAGUAGCGCCAGUACCGCGCAGUUCACCGCCGACCGCUUCCGCCACCACAGCACCACCCGCAGCCACCACCGUAGCCACCGCCACCAUCCCAGCAGCAGCAGUCACCGCGCCACUGCCGCAGGCGCAACCGCUACCGCUGCCACCGCAUGCUGCCUCGGCCGCCUACGAGGCCCGCGAGCCCUCCCUGGCCCCCACCAACUCCUCCGACGUGCCGCCAAACAACCUCCUGUCCGGCUUCUUCCGCACCUCCACCUCCACCGCCUCCUCACCCAGGGACUCAGCCCGGGGCUACCCGCCGGUCGCCAGCACCUCUGCUGCUGUCCCGCCUGCCCCCCAACCUGCAGUAGCGGCGACAGCACUAACAGCAGUAGCAGCACAAGCGGGCAUGACUAGCCAGCUUGCUCCCAACCCCACCCCUACUUAUCCAGUAAUCUCAGGAGCGGCAGCUGUAGCGGCCAUGCAUCCGCACCCGACGGUCAUGCAGCCACCGCAGCUGCCAAACAUGCUGCCAUCGCAGCCGCCACCGCCGCUGCUGCUGCCGCUGCUCGCAGCAGCCGAGUACGCGGUUCAGGCCGCCGCAGCCGCCGCUGCUGCAAUUGGGCACCAGCCCAUGACAGCGCCGGCACUGCUGCAGCCGGCUGCGGCCCAACUCGCUGGAUACCACCACCAUGUGCCCGCACCUCACCAUCUGCCACCGCCGCCGCAGCAGCAGCAACCGCAGCAGGUGCUCUUCACGCCACAGCUGCCGGCGGCGGCAGCCAUGUUCCCACCACCACCGCCACCGCCGCUGCCACUGCCGGCGCCACUGCCGCCGCCUGCGUCGCCCCCCGAGUCCCCGUUGGGCCUGGAGUCCGCACACCCGCGCUUCUCACCGCCGCGCCGUCCCUCACCCACACCCCGGCGAGCACCGCAUCCCUCCCACGCAACUUCCCCGCACUCAACUGCCGCCCCCCCGCCAUGGUCGCAUGCCCCCGGGCUGCCGGGCUUCGCACCUGCCGCCGCACCUCACGCCGGCACCGCUCACCUUCACCACCAUCAGGGGCCUCGGCGCUCCCAGCUCCGUGCGUCGGCUGUGGCAUCCCCCGGAGAGUAUCCGAGGUCACGGCAGCGGCAAUGGCUUCCACCCUCUGACAGGGGCCUCGACGCCGCCGGCAUGGGUAGUUAUUCCUCCGAGGGAGCCGCUGCUGCUGCUGCGGCGGCGGCGGCAGCCUGGAGUCGGGCACUGCGUAGGGAGCACCUGCAGACCGCUGGGGCCGCCCGGCUGCCCACCGAUGCAUCUCCGUCGUCACCCUCGUCCGCCUCAUGGCUUGAAGAGGAGGAAGAGGAGGCGUACCGUGUGGGAGGUAGCGUGCAAGACCGAAGAGCUCAUGGACGUUUCCCUCCGGGUCCUGCAGCUGGGAGGAGGUCAGGCCAGGUUGGGGUUGGUGCCGGCCGCGUCCGAAGGAGACAUGCCGGUGAUGGUGGCGGCGGCAGGGAGGGGCUCCGCGUGUGGUAUGAAGAUGAUGAUGGUGAUGAUGACUGUGAGGAGGAGGAGGAGGAGGCCAACCAACGUCGCAAGCGGCACAGCAGGGCAUCUGCGCCAGGUGGUGGCUGGUCAGAGCAGCUGGAGGGCUGCCGACCCGUGGGUCGCAUGGCGCCAGCUGGCGGCAGAGAGGGUGUUGGGAUGUAUAAUGCCACGAGGGCUGCGGCCGGGGUCCGGCAAGGCGGCGGCGGCGGUGGACAUGGCGAGGCAGGCCCCCAUGCCCCGGUGCAGGCGGCACCAACCCAGGUCCAGGUGCAGCUGCAGGUGCAGGUUGACGCGGGGUCGCUGCGGGAGGCCUUCCAGCAGUGCGUGCAGUCCGCGGUGCCGGCGGUGGCGACCGCGGCGGCAUCCGCUGCCGCUGCCGCCGCGGCGGCCACCGCUGCAACGAGCGGGUUGAUUGCAUCAACAGGUCACGUGCCUGCUCCUCUUUCCCUGGAGGAGGGCUCCCCGACCGACUGCACCGCCAGCGGCUACGAGCUGCUGCUGGCCGGGCCCUGCAGUGCUGCAGGUGCCGCGACGGGCGGGGCGGGGGGCGCCGCCAGCACUGCAGCAGCUCUCCA